AUGGGGUCUGCUGCUUCUGUGUCGGGUGCAGCGAAGCUGUCAAUUCAGCCUGAGCUUGUCGAUGCAGUGUUCGAUGUCUGCGACUUGGAGGGAGCAGGUCGCCUUUGCAAGCAGGAGAUCCGGAUGGCGUUGUCAGGCCUGGGUCUAUCCGGCAAGGAGAUCGAGGAAGAGCUCGGCCGAGCCGAGUUCCAUGCAUUGGUGAGCGAGCUCCAGGAAAGUGGCUGCGAGGUGCCCGGAGUUGUCCCUUUUGGUCGUCGGGGCAUGCAGUUGGAGCAGCUGUGUGCCAUCGGCGAGGCAUGUGGCUGUGGCCACCAUGACGGAUGGUUGGCGAAAGAGUGCAGAAAAAACAGCACAGCCGGUGAGGAGAUGAAGGAAGACCUGUAUGCCUUGGAUCGCUUCUUUGUGAGACCUGUCACGGCUGGCCUUAAUGACGAGUCUGCUUGGCCCGUUCUCGUCAUUCCUUUGGAUGUGCUGACGACAGCGGUGAUCCCGGGACGACCGCAGGAAAGUAUAUCCUUUUCUCAACUGAAGAACCCAAUCGGCUUGCACUGUGAUUACUUCGUGAGUCAUUCUUGGUCGCACCCAUUCGCGAAGACGCUGGUUGCCUUGGACUGCUGCGCCAAGUGCUGUCAAGCGGAAGUCCCGAAAGUCGCUUUUUGGAUAUGCCUCUUCGCCCUGAACCAGCAUGACCUAGCCGGCGAACUUUCUGGUUGCGAACUGGAGAGAACGCCCUUCGCAUACGGUCUCUCCAAGGCAGAGAAAGGAGCUGUCAUGGUGCUGGAUGAGGGAGUGGAGCCAUUCAGGAGAAUCUGGUGUUUGUACGAGGUGCAACGCGCCUGGGAGCUAGGCAAGAACCUGCAGCUGAUCACGGACUGUCCCGAAGGCAGUGCAGAGGAGCUGGAAGUCUCAGGCCAGUUCGCGCUGACCGUCGCCGAGGAGCUUCAGAACCUUAGCGCCUUUGAUGCGCGGUCAAGUGAUUUGAGUGACAAGAUCAGCAUUUGGCACAAAAUCAUGAACGCGUCCGUGAAAGCCGCCUUUCCCGUUGACAUCUUUCGCACACACUUUGCGACGGGAGUAUGCAGUAUCCGUGGCUUCGGUAAAGCGUGGUUUACUGAGUUUGAUGCAGGUGUUUGCAGACUGCUGGCAACACCCGUUUUCAAUCUCAGCAUGUCCCAAGCGGACCACGAAAUAGCCUUGAGAUAUCUUGGACUGGGCGCCCAGUGUUCGCUGGACGAUUUGGAACGCCUUUCCAAAGGCAUUGUUGCUGCAGAUCUGCCGCCCCUCUCCCAGGCUUGGAUUAACAAUCCCUCCUGCGGUCACUGCCAGCUGACUCACGUCUACUCUCACUUUGGCAGCUGUGACCUCUUGGAGUACCUCUUCAAAAGGCACGCGGAUCCUACACAGGAGACGAAGGAUGUGAAAUACAGGCAGCCGCUACACUUCGCAGCGAAAGCCGGCCAUCUUGAUUGCACCAGGCUGCUGCUUGAAUUCCGGGCGGAGGCCCACUGCUGUGACAAGAGGGGGGAGACACCGCUGCAGAUUGCAGCAUACGGAGGACAUCUUGCCGUUGCUGAAGAGCUCCUCGAGUCAAAGGCACUUGCCAACUCCUCGGAUGGCGAUGGUUGGACGCCCCUGAUUUGUGCAGCAAGGGCCGGGUACGACGAGCUGGUGGAGCUUCUCAUCACUCACAGGGCGAAUCUGAGGGCCGUGGAUGGCGCCGGGCGCUCUGCCCUCAAGCAUGCCCAACUGGCUCAGCAUGCCCAGGUCAGAGCCAAACUGACCGAAGCGAUGCGAUCAAAGGUUGGACAAGAUCAACUCAAGGAAGGCCAACUAGCAGAGGAAGAUGAGGAUGAGGAGGAGUUGCCGGAGGCAGACCUUUCGAUUCAAUCACUCUGCUUGCAGAGCCAUGAUCGUUGA